UAUUAAGUAAAAUAUGCUAAUAUUUUAAUUUUUUUUAAACAAACCGGUUCUGUAUUUUUCCAUUAUAGUUUAUAACCUAGUCAUAGUUUUUAGCACUAUAAUAUUUGGUAGUACUGUGGUGAGCUGAAUUCCAAAAAUGGAUGUUAAGUCUUUUCUUUUUUCUUGGUGUGCGAAAAGAAGCCUAACGCCAGCAUUCGAUAUUCGUGCUACCGGACCGAAACAUCGUCAGCGGUUUUUGUGCGAGGUUCGCGUAGAUGGCUACACUUACGUCGGUGCAGGGAAUUCCGUCACUAAAAAAGAAGCUCAGAAGAAUGCUUCUAGAGAUUUCAUCAAUUACUUAGUAAGAUCCGGAGAGGUCAAUGCGACAGAGGUACCUGAAGAUGUUAGUGUUAAAAAUGAAACCUCGGAAGCUACUGGGAACAGUGGCAUUGUCGGUAACAUCGAACCAGAUCAGUCACAGACCCAGAGGCCUGUUUUCCAGGAAGGAAUGGAUCCACAAAGCAUGGGUCCAGCGUAUCAUGCGAUUGGUGGACAAAGUCAUACAUUCACAUAUAUGGACCGUCUUCAACAACAGAAGAAUGUAGAGGAAGCUGAGGAUUUGGAUGUUAAUGCGAGUCUCCAUGGCAACUGGACCAUGGAGAAUGCUAAAUCGAAACUACAUCAGUUUAUGCAGAUGAAUAAAGUUAAUGCAGAUUAUAUAUAUAAAGCUGUAGGACCUGAUCAUACUAGGAGUUUUUGUUGUGAGAUGACGAUAUACGUGCGAGACUUGGGUCGUAAUGUGACUGGUCGUGAGACUGCAUCUAACAAACAGACAGCGAGCAAAUCAUGCGCCCUGUCUAUAGUACGACAGUUGUAUCACCUCGGUGUUAUUGAGCCGUUCAGUGGCACGCUGAAGAAAGACAGAUCUAGUGAAGGUAUAAUGAAGCCUUACGCAGUGGCUAUAAGUCCUGAAUUAGAGCAAGAAAUUGAAGAGACAUUGCAAGAUUUAGGUAUAGAGCCAGUGGAUGUAGAAACAGCUACCAAUGAGGGUACAGAAGAGGGGGAUAAGGGUGGUGUGACACUGCUGCAGCUGGACCGGGCGCGCGCGAUGCGGGAGGCGCGCCCCAUGCCCGGUGGGGUUGUGUCCUGGUCUCCCCCGCAACAGAACUGGAAUGCAUGGACUGCUUGUAAUAUUGACGAGGGUCCCCUAGCGACGUCCAAUUUGGAUAGCAUCAGCCGUGAUUUGGAGAAGCAUCAUAGAUAUGUCUGUCAAAACAGUCAGCUUUAUCAGGAGAGUCUCAAGGAGAGGGAACAGUUACCAGUAUUUGGUAUGAAGAAUAUAAUAAUGGAAGCCAUCAAUGAGAACCCCGUCACCAUCAUCAGGGGGAACACUGGCUGCGGGAAGACCACACAGGUUAGAAUACUCACACUUAUUAUAAUGGGAUGAAUAGAUUUAAAUAAAUAUUCUUCAACUAGCUUUUUUUUAACUUUUGCCCGCCGCAUCUCCGCCGUCAGCGUGGCGGAGCGCGUCGCCAACGAGCGCUGCGAGGACCUCGGCAACAGCAUAGGGUAUUCAGUACGUUUUGAAUCAGUAUUACCUCGUCCGUACGGGUCCGUGAUGUUCUGUACCGUGGGCGUGUUGCUGAGGAAAUUGGAAAGCGGCCUGCGAGGAGUCAGCCAUGUACUAGUAGAUGAGGUUCAUGAAAGGGACGCGGAUACAGACUUCGCUUUGAUAUUACUACGAGAUAUGGCGCAUACUUACCCCGAUUUGAGAAUUAUAUUGAUGUCGGCUACGGUUGAUGUCACUUUGUUCACCAAUUACUUCGGAAACUGUCCUGUUAUUGAGAUCCCGGGACGUACGUAUCCAGUGACACAAUAUUUCUUAGAAGACUCCAUAGAACUGACAGGGUUCACUCCGCCGCCGGAAAUGCGUAAACGCAAAUCUACCGGAAGACGAGUUACUAAGGACGAUGAUGAUGAUGAUGAUGAAGGUUUAGGAGAGGAACCGGAGGAGGAUUUGAAUAAAACUUGUGUUCUCGGAGAUAAUUAUUCUCUUAGUACUAAAGAUGCUAUGAGUAAAUUGUCUGAGAAAGAUUUAAGUUUCGAAUUAAUAGAAGCAUUAUUAUUACAUAUAAGGAAUUUAGACGGUGACGGAGCUGUGUUGAUAUUUUUAACCGGUUGGAAUAUAAUUUUUGCGUUGAUGAAACAUUUGAUGAGAUCAAAUAUAUUUGGGAAUACAUCGCAGUAUGUGAUACUUCCUUUACACAGUCAGAUACCGAGAGAGGAUCAGAAGAAAGUCUUCAUAACAGCACCUCCGGGGAUGACUAAAGUUAUAUUAUCAACAAAUAUAGCAGAAACAUCGAUAACAAUAAACGAUGUUGUUUACGUGAUAGAUUCCUGCAAAUCUAAAAUGAAAUUAUUUACUUCGCAUAAUAAUAUGACGUCAUAUGCCACCGUGUGGGCCAGCAGGACUAACUUAGAACAGCGCAAGGGACGCGCGGGUCGCGUGCGCGCCGGCGUGUGCUUCACGCUGUGCUCGCGCGCGCGCUACGACCGCCUCGACGAGCACCAGACCGCGGAGAUGUUCCGCACGCCGCUGCACGAACUGGCACUCAGUAUAAAGUUGCUGCGGCUGGGCAGCAUCGGGCACUUCCUGUCGAAGGCGCCGGAGCCGCCGCCGCUGGACGCCGUCAUCGAGGCGGAGGCGCUGCUGCGGGAGCUGGGCUGUCUGGACUCCGCCGACUCCCUCACUCCACUCGGCACCAUACUCGCCAAACUGCCCAUAGAGCCUCGUCUGGGUAAGAUGAUGGUGCUGGGCUUCGUGCUGGGCGUGGGCGAUGCCCUGACCACGAUGGCCGCCAACUCCACCACCUUCCCGGAAAUCUUCGUGGUGGAAGGUCGCAGGAAGCUGUCCAUGCAUCAGCGAGCUCUCGCCGGAGAGAGAGCGUCUGAUCAUGUCGCUAUGUUGAACGUAUUCCAAAUGUGGGAGCGUGUGCGGGCGAAGGGCGAGGAGGCGGAGCUGGGUUGGUGCGACUGGAAGGGCGUGCAGCAGACCACGCUCAGGGUCACAUACGAAGCUAAGACACAGCUCACCAAUAUCCUAACGACUUCAAUCGGUUUCCCUGGCGAAUGCUGCGAGCCGCAGCGCUGGAUGCCGUCAGGUCCUGAUCCUAUCCUGGACCAGGUGAUAGCGCUCCUCUGCAUGGGGCUGUACCCCAACGUGUGCGUGCAUCAGGGGAAGAGGAAGGUGUUAACAACAGAAGGGAAACCAGCUCUAAUACACAAGACGUCAGUGAACUGCAGCAACCAGGAGCAGAAGUUCCCCUCGCCGCUGUUCGUGUUUGGAGAAAAGGUUCGCACGCGCGCCAUCAGCUGCAAGCAGACCAGCAUGGUGUCGCCCCUGCAUCUGCUACUCUUCGCAUGCAGGAAGGUCGAAUGGGUGGACAAUGUUGUCCGUUUAGAUAAUUGGUUAAACUUCAAUAUGAGUCCGCGUACAGCUGCCCUUAUAGUAGCUCUCAGACCGGCUGUGGAACAACUGGUAGAAAGAGCUGCGGCUACUCCUGAUGCUGCACUGGAAUUCUCUAAUGUUGAGAAAAAGGUAUUACAUUGUAUUAAAUCACUUUGUGUAUUUGAUGCGGGUGAUUAUAACAUACAACGAGACGUGAGCGCGCCCACAUUUAGAACGGAUGCGGCAAAGAGGGGCACCAGAGGUUGGGGCACGAAUAGUUACAGAGGGAACUUUGGUAGUGGGAGUUUCGGAGAUCAAGGUGGUUUCGGCAAUAGGGGAGGGUUUGGCAAUCAAAGCAGCUUCGGAAAUAGAGGUUUCAACAACAGGGGAGGAUUCGGCAAUCGUGGAGGUUUCGGGAAUCGGGGAGGUUUCGGAAAUAGAGGUGGUUUCGGAAAUAGAGGAGGUUUCGGAAAUAGAGGUGGUUUCAGCAAUAGAGGAGGAUUUAACAGUUUUGGUAACCAAGGUAAUUCCUAUGGAAACGGAUUUAAUAAUCAAAGCGGCUUUGGUAAUAACAAUUAUGGUAAUACAAGUGGAUACCAAGGUAAUGAUGGCUAUGGUAAUACGAGCAGUGGUAGCUGGCAAUAAUAACUUAAGUUAAUGUUUUGACGUAAACUUCACUUACUAUUUAAGUAUGUAAGACAUGAAUAAAUAAUAGAAUUAAA